AUGCAGCAAGUCAGAAAGGGAGAAGGCGAGAAACGGGAUGCAGGGCAGAAACAUCAUACCGAAGAUGACCAGUGGAAGAGGUCAGAACGAAAAGGGACGGGUAAAUCCAACAGGGCUACGACGACUUUGAAUGCGACUGUCGGCGCACCUGCAGGUGUGGCUGACUUGUCUCGAUUGGGCCUCAAUGAGGUGCGGGAGAGACCAGGAGAUGCCCUGCAGAAGGGAUGGCCUGCCCAACACGUCCGACACGACAGCCCGGAGCCGUCAGCAUUGCCAGCGAUUUGGGGCCGGCGCGGCUUCCCCGGCGGCAGCGGAUGCAGGUUUGAGAGCGAAACCGCAGAGGCCGUGGGCGAGCCAGGAGUGUCCAGGUGGAAAUGCAGGCAGGGUAGCAGGCAGUCGAUCUGUCAGAUGUCGUCUGAAUGCUUUCUUAUGUCCGCGAAGACGCAGCUUGACAUGCCGGCGAAGCCUGACGCGGAUUUCCUUGCCGACCAGGCGAAGCCUGAAGAUCCCACGCACUCCCAUCGGGAUGCAAUCCUAUUGAGCUACCUGGUCACACAGCACGGCCACUUUUCGCUCAUCGGUAACGAGCUGAUAUUAAUGAGCCAACGGCUCGCCAGCCAUCAAACACCUGUUCCUUCGACCUGCUCGCUUUCAUUCCCACCGCUCACCUCCAGUCCCAGUGACGGUGAUGCACGCUACGCCCCGCUGACGGUGCACUGCGACAGCUUUCUGACGUGCAUUUUUUGGCUUCGUGUCUGGGUGAAGCGCUCCGUCCUCGAUGUUGUGCAGAACUGCGCCACGGGCUCGUCUGCAACUGGGCCCGCCGUCAAUGGCGACAAGAAGCAUUGCGGGCGUUUGAGGACUGCGGUUGGUGCGAUGACCGGAUGGCUGAGCAGGAGGUUACACGGACACUUCUGCAACAUUCAUCGCCAGCGUCAGGCUAAUCAACUGCAGGACUUGCAGAAUCUGGAACUGGCUAAUUGGAAUUGUCUCUGUGUGUCAACUCCGUCGCCUGCUGAAGCGGCGUUAUGGGAAGCCUUAAAGUCGAACGACCCUAAAGUGGGUGACAUCAAGAUCGAGAUGGCCUCGUCGUCAGGGCCCCGAAUUUUUUCAAAGAUUUCUGCCGCCAACGCAUGCAAUGCGGGGAUCACAACCACUCACAGCGGGACACAUGAUGUUGAACACCCAGCGCUUCUUUCAAACGGGUCGAAUUUGAAAGCCGCCUGGGCUCAUUCGUAUCCCCGCAUUUCCUGCACCUGCCUCCAAUGCCAUAUUUAUGCAAACGGUCUUCAGCCAAGAGCGUCACAUUUGUUCACGUCCACCGACAUCGCCCUUCUUACCGUCGAACCGUUGAUGAGUGUCUUUCCUUCUAAUUCCUCGCCCAGUGACCGAUUUUCAAGCCAGAUCCUGAUAUUGAGCCCGACCUUGGUGCAAGACGAGGCAGUUCGUAGUGGACCGCAACAGCGGGGAAGCUCAAUGCUUUCUCAGAUAUAUAACUCUCUAAGAUUGAGCUGCAAUCAUGUCCAUCAUCUUGCAGAUCCACCAGUUCUUGUCAGUGAACUAAAACCUUUAGUAUGUAUUUCCAAAACCUGGCCCUCCUCUUGUCUACCGCCAAUGCUUGGCCAUGGAACGGCCAGAAGUCAGUUUCCCCCUCCUUUCUCCUCCAACAAAGUGUUGAAAGUGUCUUUUAGUGAGCCUCGAAAGGACCUUCCAGACUCGGCUGCUGUCAUCGAAGCCUUGAAGGACCCAGAUGCGUAUGAGCAACUGAGUCGCCACCACCAUCACCGAAAUUAUGACGACAAUGGGCAAACUCUCAUCAAGAGCGUCUUCGACGAUGGCCGUCAACACUCCAGCUGUGGGGCACGAACCGGAUGCCCAGCCUUUGAAGGCCAAACUCGCCGUAUCAACGGCCGCAAGUAUAACUUGUAUUGCUAUAAUGCGCCAUGGGGUUCUUACUUCUGGCUCCCCAAGUCUCGCAACCUCAACGAAUGCGAGCGCCACUGUCACGAAAACAACUACGAUUGCAACGGCUUGACCUUCUACCCUUCAACAGGUAGCUGCGCCAUUAUCCACUCCCGCGACGCUGCUCCGUACGUGUGGGACAACGGCUACCAGAAGAUUGGGGCAAUUCCAGUUGAGUCUGAUGUUGCCUUUGGUCCUGGUGAGCUCUGCCCUCUCCCGGGUUCUGACAACCAAGUCUGGGACUUUACCGAUAAGGAGUACCGUUUCAAGAUGUCAUGCCGGAACCAAUUCAAUGUGCCUGUCAAUGCUCGUCGUCAAUUAGGCCCCGUUCGCAACGUUGAUGAGUGCGCCGAGCGCUGUGGUAAGGAGGAUAACUGCUACGGAUUCCACUUUUAUCAGCCCACCUUUCCAGGUGGUCGGGUAGAUGGUGCUCGUAACUGCGAGAUCAUCACCGAGAAGAUUAAGGACGAUGACUGGGUUCCGGUUCAUCGACCCAACCAGUACCUGGCCGGCCUCGUGGUUCAACACUCUGAUUGUGGCGAUGAAGGCUGGAACCGGGAUGAGAAGGGAAACAAGGACCGCAAGGACCGGGAUGACCUGGACGAUCGAGACGACGAAGUGCACACUGUCUGGGACAGUGAUGAUGAGGAUGGCCGCGAUGAUCGCCGCUGCCGCCGCCAGGGCCAGAACGGUCGCUGCUUGGAGCGAGGAGGCCGAAGGCACCACCGUAAUGGGCGCCACGAACGGGACGACCGCAACAACGACGAUGAUCACUCAGACUUCGCGUUUCAAAUGGAAGGAGGGUGGGAAGGGUCUGGAGCGGUUCUCUCGGCAGACAUCGUCUAUCUUUACUUCAAUACAAAAUCAGGUCGCAACCUGCGCUUAACUCGGUGGUUUCUCAUUCAAGGCCUGGAGCUUCGAUCCUUGACCUGUCCGCCUCGCAUUUUGGGUAUCAAACUCCACGACUCGAAGAACAGCUCGGCGAUUAAUCGGCCGAUGUCUUUGUUCGUGUCAGGGCUCGGGCCCAGCACUCGGGCCCAGCACUCCGCUAGUUCCAAUCUUGUCUUGUGGCUGAAGUCACUUUCCCAGUCCCCUUCACACGCUCAGUGGUUAACUGCCGUAUACCGACUUUCUCGAGCCUCGUUUCAAAUACCCAUGUCUUCCACUUGCGGCAAUCGCGCCAAGUCACCUGUUCACAUCCCUAACCUACCUCUAACUCCUACCCUCCCGUCUCGUGUGCGGAACUGGAAGCUGUUUACUGUGCCACAUAGCAAUGGGGAGCGAAUCGGCCAUCACAUUACGAUCAACUCCUUUCUAUCAAUUCACGUGUUCACAGUACGACAACGUCAGACUAUCCAAUCCCCAAUCCCAGACUGCAGGCAUCCGCCAGCCGAACACUGGGCUGAGAAACGUCUGAAUCGCCGAUUCCUAAGGACUGAUCCACUAAAAGUGUGUCUUCCCCAGAUUUGGGAAGCGCUUGUCAUGGGCUCGGGGAGCGUUGAAAUGCCGAAGACGAAAUUCUGGAGGACUUUUGGAGGCGAGAUUCUGCUACCGAUGGAUGAAGCCCUGUGGCUUGACAGCGAGGUAAAAACCUGUUCUUUUGACAUUCAAUCGGCGAUAUGGCUUGCGGCGAGUGCAGAUUCUUGGAGCUCAACCCAGCUUAGCUUUCUUGCACCACCAACACAUGAAGGGACGUCACAGUCUUUCAAUAACGAAGUUGGCAGGCUCGGGGUCAAGGGUCUGAGGACCUCGCUUCCACCCAGCGCGCCGCAUCCCCCAUCAAGCCAUGACAGUCAGUCUCUUCCAAGGUUUCUCUCCGACAAAUUCCCAGCAGCCUGGGACAGUAACCGCUUCAGGACGUUAUCAUGCACGCACUUUCAUAUCAGGAUUUCCGCAUCAGGAUCAUUCGGGAUCGACGGAGUUUGGGCACGGAACCUUUACCGCGUUUCUGGCACUCACGGGCACGAUGAGAGUAUUGAGCGAAUGGAGGUCAUGGAUCAGGGAAUGGAUGAGAAAGGAUGCGUGGGCGGGGCAGUGGCAUGGUGGAAAGAGGAAAACCGAGAGAGUGGUAUCACCCCAAACCCAUUCUUUCUGCCUGCUCCAGUGACCCGGCGCUUUCGGUCCGAAGGAGAGCUCAAAUCGGAUGUUGAGGUCGGAACCGAGAACUCGAUCCUUCAUUCCGGCUUUAGCAAGGACUUGAGAAAGUCGUGA